CUCAGCUCACCGGAAUGCCUCCCGGUGAGGGAUGCAGUGCGCAGCAGGCGGCCCAGCACGCCGCUACCCUCAGGACCAGCGCACUUGGUAUUUCUUAUAACGCAGAAGAAAUCACGAUGAGUCAGGUUCAGCGCCUGGUCUGAUCCUUGUCGAGUCAAAGCAUCUGUUGAGCGCGACCGGAGGAAGAUGCAGACCAGGAGCGGGGAUCCGCGCCGGUCCCUGGAAGCGGCACAUUGAUCAUUGGCCGCGUGGCCAAUUAGCGGCAGGAGCCAGGUCCAGCCCUCGUGUCUGCGCUCUGGUGAUCUAUCGCCAAUAAUUACCGACACACUUAAUGCCUAGUUUGGAUGGGAAUUAAUUGGAGGCCGGAUAAAUAAUGCAUUAGGGUUUAUUCAGCCCCAUGUGAAGCGUCUCCCCCGAGCCAGAGCUGGGAGCGGCGAGAAGCGGCACCGGAGCGGCGGUGGCGGCGAUGCGCGGGGCGGCGGCCGGGGCCGGGUGCUGAUGCUGCGAGCAGCGCCAGCCGGGAGCAUGCUGAGCCCCAAGAUCAGGCAGGCCAGGAGAGCCCGGUCAAGGAGUUUGGUGAUGGGUGAACAGAUUGGGCCUCCCUCCAGACCUUCUUCUCCAAACCCUCAAGAACGUGUGCUGAAGUGUGGCUGGCUAAAGAAACAAAGGAGCAUUAUGAAGAACUGGCAGCAGCGGUGGUUUGUGCUGCGUGGGGAUCAGCUCUUCUAUUAUAAGGAUGAAGAGGAAACUAAACCUCAGGGUUUGAUACUACUGCAAGGCAAUCAGGUGAAUGAGCUGCCACCUAAUCCUGAUGAACCAGGAAAACAUCUCUUUGAAAUUACUCCAGGUGGUGCGGGGGACCGGGAAAAGAUGCCUGUCAAUCAUGAGGCUUUCCUGCUCAUGGCUAAUUCCCAGAAUGAAAUGGAAGAUUGGGUAAAAGCCAUCCGACGGGUUAUAUGGGCUCCAUUUGGUGGAGGUAUUGCAAAUAGCUCACAUGCACAUAAAUUAAAACAUUUGCCUCAAGGGAUCUUUGGACAGCGGUUGGAGGACACCGUACAGUACGAGAGGAAGUAUGGCCAGCGCUUGGCCCCACUGCUGGUGGAACAGUGUGUGGAUUUUAUUCGGGAGCGAGGUCUUACAGAGGAGGGGCUCUUUCGGAUGCCUGGACAAGCCAACCUUGUCAAAGAUCUACAGGAUUCUUUUGAUUGUGGAGAGAAACCCCUUUUUGACAGCAACACAGAUGUUCACACUGUGGCGUCCCUCCUGAAGCUUUACCUUCGAGAGCUGCCAGAGCCUGUCAUCCCCUUUGCCAAAUAUGAAGACUUUCUUUCUUGUGGACAGCUACUCUCAAAAGAUGAGGGAGAGGGUACCCAGGAACUGGUUAAACAGGUGAAGAAUUUGCCCCAAGCCAACUACAAUCUCCUCAAAUACAUAUGCAAGUUCCUCGAUGAAGUUCAGGCUCACUCUAGCAUUAACAAGAUGAGUGUCCAGAACCUGGCUACAGUAUUUGGACCAAACAUAUUACGUCCUAAAAUGGAAGAUCCGGUGACCAUGAUGGAAGGCACCUCACUAGUUCAACACCUGAUGACAGUGCUGAUAAGUGAACAGGGGCGAAUCUUUGCUGUUCCUCAGGGAGAUGUGCCAGGGAGCCAGCUGGAAAUCAGGCCCGUGCGGCAGCGCAGUACUGUGGAGUGGAUCUCCGAGGAGGACGGGGAGGACAGCAGGUCAGAGAACAGUGCUCGCAGCCCUGCUGAUUUGCCUUCUAGCAAUGCUGUGGCACUAGAGGCCACCCCAGGACCUGCAGUGAAAAACACUCCUCCAGAGCACAGUGGCAAAUUAACUCAGCCUGCCACCAGCCCCAGUAAAAGAGUGCAGACGCUGCCUCCAUGGAAAUACUCCUUCCGCCAGCAGGGAGCACGGUCUGUGAGUCCAAAGCUGGGCAGCUCAUCCUUAGAUAUCCCCAACCUCUCCUCCAGCGGGAACUGGUUGAUGAAUGGACUGUACUCGCUCCGAGGCCACCGCCGGACAGCGUCUGGGGAGCGAGUUAAAGACUCAUGUUCCUCCCAGCGACUCUCCACUUACGACAACGUCCCCUCGUCCAGCCUGUCCCUCAGCACACACAGCAUGGCCAGCACUUCAUGGUCAACAUCGUCAUGUGAGAUCUCCGUGAUGGACUCAGUCAGCAGCUGCCCAGCCUGCCGGGCCAGUGACUCUUCUGCUUUAAGCUCUCUCAAAACUGAGUGGAUAACUCAGGGUUCGCUGUCUCAGAGUGAGGGCAAGACUGCGGACCUGGAAAACAGCAUGGACAGGUUUGAUGCAUGCAGCAGCAGCAGUGAACAGAGUGACCCAACUGCAGCUUCCCGAGACUCUGUCCAAUGCUCCAGGGCCUUACAGAGCUUGGUGGUGGAGCUAAAGACAGAACUGAGCAAACAGAGGACUGAGUAUGAGACUAGUAUCAAAAGAAUUGAAGAAACAAGUGCAGACCUGAAGAAACAAGUGCUCAGGUUAGAAGAAGAACUGGACCAAGAACGAAAGAAAUACACGAUGCUGGAGAUCAAGCUGAGGAAUUCUGAACGUGCUCGUGAAGAUGCUGAGAAGAGAAAUUACCUCCUGCAGAAGGAAAUGGAAGAGUUUUUUUCAACCUUAGGAUGUUUAACUGUUGGGAGUCAAAGUGCUAAAGUCCCCAAGUAGAACAUGCAUAGAAAUUUCUAUUUCUGGCAAAAUGAGUGAAAAUGCACAUUUUGUUCUGGUAUACUCAUGUAUCAUGAGUAAUUCUACAGUGAUUGUGCUAUUGGUGACACUUGCUCUGUUGUCUUUACAUGUGCUAUAGUAUUUGGGCCAGCUGGGAAACAGUGACCAUAAUGCUUGAAAGUUUAGAUGUCAGAUGGCCAGGAAAGAGGCCCCCUUUGUAUCCACAGAACAAAAGAUACUCUUCUCCAGAAUUCUCCUGCCAUCUUUGGACUCAAAUGCACCAUCCUUUUGCUGGCUCAAGGACAGUGGAAAGUCCUGCAGGGUGGGUGGAUGGCUAGAACUGAUGGACAGGAUGGACAUGAGGGCCUCCUGCACUUGUGCUUGGGGAGAGGGCAGUUCCAGUCUGGCACCACAGCCAGUGGGGUUGUUUACCAGAUGGAUCUAAUGAGGUGGUUUUCUCCCCACUCCAUCCAUAAAGUUUCUCCCCACUCCAUACAUUCCUAAAAUGGCAUUAUUUUAUGAAGAUACUGUGAAAACAAAAUCUACAAAAAAGCUGAAGAUACCAAAAUCUUGACAAUUCACUAAAAUGGUCCCUUACCCACCAAACAGUUUCAGUUUUUCAUAAAAAUGCAACUCAUUAAACUGUAUGUGAUAAAUAAUCAGAUUGGCUACACAAACUCUAUGAAACUUUAAAUAUGCAUAUUUUGCCCUAGGUAUCUGGGGGAUUUUUGAGCCAAAAAUAGACCAGUAUUAGCUGCAAGAAAAAAAAAAUCAUGAGUGAAUUGAUGUAUGUCAUCAAGGUAGAAUAUGGAAUAUCAGUCAUCAAGGUAGAAUAUGGAAGAUUCUUAUCAUCAAAAGACAUCCAACUGAUACAGCUGCUGAGGGGUUUUAAUCCAUAAAACUCUUAAUAGCAAAACCUAUGGCUUUCCAGCAGCACUGGAUUCCUUCCUGCCCCUGGCAUGAGGCAGCAGGUACCUGUGUGUUCAGCAGCACCCGCCUGCCACCUGCAGGCUGGAGCAUCACCCCCACCUUUCUUCUCCAUCUCAGCCUUAGGUUACUACCAAUGGUCACAAGUGAUCUUGCAAGGAAUAGGAUGGCAGCAGCAUUAAGAUGCAUAAUGUGAUAGAGAAGCAGUUGUUGUAACAAUGACUCUGAGCUGGAAGAGCACAGUGUGUCACGGAACUGAGGUAUCAGGCCAGUUAUCACAAAAUAAACCUAAAUACUGGAGAGUGGCUUGAACCAGGGUGUAAGCAGAACAUCAGGACUGAUAAAAAGAAAGUUUCUGCUGAUACAUUCAAUGCAACUAGUAGUAGCAACCAGGGUAUUUUAAUGCCCUCUUUUUAUUCCUAUCCCCAAAGUGGAAACCUUUCACUGUAUUCAUCCUGACGGCUCACACAUUCCUUAGACUAUGUAUAUUGCAUUAUCUCCUACAUCUAUCACAUGCAGACUUCUCCCUUUAGUUUGGGAACACGACAAACUUGAGAACUGAGCCAUGCUGACUGGAAGACUAAACACCAAAUAUGCAAGACAAGCAGUGAACAGGACUGCUGGCCAACUGUGUAAGUAUUUAACCUUAGGGAACUGCUACAUUCAGCAGAACUCGAGAACAAACCUACCUAUCCCAAACCUUCGGCUCCAGGACAGGAUAAUCUGUCAGAUCUGUAGCAGUAAAAUUAAUCUUAAUCUGGCAUUCAGGAUAAAAUUAAUUUUUCUUUCCAGUGUCACAAAAAACUUUAUACACUCAAACUGAUUAGUGAGACUAAACAGUCCCAGGUUGACUGCUGUGCUCCAACACCAUCUAUGCCUCUUGUUCAUGAGGAAUAAAUUCCAGCUCCUUCUGAAGAUGAGAUGCUGCAGUAAAUAAAGCCUGCAAGAAGCUGCAAACUACCCCGUUCACGCUACAAUUCACGAUGGUAGAUGUUAACUCUUAAGUGCAGCAACAGGACCAUAAUGUUCAUUUCCAUACACGGGCAAUUAUGCGAGAAAUGGGAAUCCACCUGUGCUGCUGUACACAACCUUAUGGAACACUAAGCCCUUAUCUGAGGAAGAUGAUACACUCUUUCCUAGUUUUAUCUGCUGUUUCCAUACUCUUUUCCCAACACUUCAUUUUCCCAUAUCAAGCAUCCUUAUUUUGCAGACAUUUCACUCAUUACAGCCCCCUGAUUUAAAUGUCAGUUUUCUUAGCAAGAUACAGGUUGCUUAGUAUUAUUUAACAUGACAAAAAGUUCCUGGAAUCAGGUAGAUACAUUUUUACCAUAGCUUCACCUGCCCAAUGUUCCCUUCCCGUAUUAUGGAACAUCCCUUCCAGUAUUUUGCAGGCAAAAAAAGCAUAAAAACUUUUCAGUGAAAAAACCCAACACAAGCAUAUGCUUUAAAAAAAAAAAAAUCAAAACAGCAACUCUUCAGAAUAAUAGAAAAUUCCUUCAGAAAGUAUCCAUGUAAUUUCUGACACAAAAAGGAAAAUGAACAGAGGUAGCUCAUUGAAUCAUCUACAUUCACCAGCGCAUUCCACUGAAGCCAUUAGCACUAAGGAGUGUUUCAGUCCUGGGCAGAGCUAUGAUUGUCUCUCCAGCCUUGCUCUGUUAGUAGCAUAUCAUUUGAAAUCGGCUGUACUUUAUGCUGACAUGCAAAUAAACAAGAGCAUUUGUGAGUCCCAUCACAUUCCUAGAAGAACAUCUCACAAACAGCUGGCCCAGAGAAACAAAGCUGGCUACACAGUACUGCAGUGGUCACAUCCCUUUCCCGUGAAACUGUACAGGGACACUGAAAGCACAGCUCCAGGGCAUCUGCUGCCUUUGUUCAAGGAAACACCCACACCCUGCUGGAAGUGAAGGCAAUCAAAUGCAUUACAUUAGGAUUUACUCACAGCAGAGGGGUCAGUGCAGGCAGAGUGGUCUGGGCACACAAGUCAGCUCUCCAGAAGUCAGAGCCUUCAGGCUCUCUGAGACUCAGUUUUGGGAGAUUGUCCCAUACACUAGACAAUCCCUGGCUUACCUCUUUCUGCAGCGUAGGGUCUUGGCAGCUGCAUUUCCAGGAAAUAAAGCAGUUAGAGCUGACAGCAAGAAGGCAAGAAUGCAUUCCCAGUGGUCACAACGACACAUGGCUAUUGACAGUCUAUGGCACAUCCAAAGUCAGUGGGAAUGGAGAAAUGGAAAAAACAUGUCACUUUGCCCAUGAGUGAGCUCACACACAAGACAGGACUUGAAGUACCAUUAAAACCAGAUGAAUUCUCAAUAAGUACUGACAAUAAUAAGAUUUCAAGUGCAGCCUUCUUAUGCAAUCCAUAUGAAACUGUUCCACCCUAGCAAUGAAGAAACACUAAAUGCAUAGUGGUCAAACUUUUUUUUUCUUUUUUAUUUAAAAUAUCAUUAUAACCAAUUGACAUACUAGAUAACAAUGUAUACAUUCCAGUGGUGCACAUGUAAUGACCUAUGGCAUGAAUGAGUAAAAAAACCCACAAUGUUCUCAGUAAUGCCCCACCAACAGCUUAUCUGGAGGGAAUAAAGGAAAAGAAAAAGCAGGAAAAGGUAUCAAAUGUGGGGAAGAAAAAAAAAAAUUACAGUUUUCCCCAGUAUUUUUAAUGGUGAAUCUUCUACUUCGUAUUUCUUGGGACAUAAUAAAAUUAAGAAUAUACUUCAAAAGGGGCAGAAGGAAUGAUCACAAUAAUUGGGGUGGGAUUUUUUUUUCUCAACUUUAGUAAUAAAAGUUAAAGAACUCUCAAAAAUAGACUAGAUAUUGGGCCUACAAAAGUAAUUCAUCUGUAUGCAAAGCUUACCAAGAAUUAUUCCUUUUGUAAAAUGUAAAGGAUGAGCUGACAUUACUAGUAAGCUACUUUUACCCUACAAAACCAGACUACAAUAAUAAAAUCACCAAUUUACAGCUAACACAAUAUUCUAGAUGUACAUUACUGUACACAAGCUAUAUAUUACACAUGGACAUCUUACGUGAAAUAUAUAAGAAACAUACUUACUGAUAUUGUCUCAACAUUGGCCAAUAGGUUUGUUUUUCUAAAGGAGGUGUAUUUUUCUAUUCACAUUCAGUGUAGUUCCAAUAGCAAGGGUUAGCUUUGCUUACUUAAGAAACGUAGAAAGUUUGUGUGAGGUAGUUCAAGCAAACCUAGCUUAAAUUUUCAACUGCAGAAGUAGAAACACAAUGUGACCUGAUUCAUAACACAUUUCUGUAAUGCAGACAUAUCUAAAGAAGAGGAGAAAGGAGUGAAAGAGACCACUUAAAAUACCACUUUUAUCCAGUGCCCUUAACUAAGAAUAAAUUAAAUUAAUUGAAAAUUUGGGUAGGCAGUACAGUCUCAUCACAUUUCUUCAUUAGAACUCUUUCUAAUCCUACUGAAAAAUGCAGACAGGCUCUCCUUCAACUCCAGUCCUCAACCUAAAUAUGUAAGAACCAAACCUCUGAUAGGAAAAUAAAAUAUAACACCAUGGAGAAGCUGCUGCCAACAGCAAACAAAACCAUUUCUAGAAACCGCAAUUCACUCCCUUUAGCAACCUGAAAGAGUAAGACCAAGUGUAAGCUGAACCUUCUUCUCCCUUUUCCCCCAUAAUCUUAAUGGAGAAACAUCAUCAUACACUUUGGAUUAUUGGCUGGGUAGAACACCCUCCUGUAGGAGCUUUAUGACCAUUUUCCUUCAUGCACUGUUGAGCUGAAUGCCACAUCCCUCCCUCCCUCCCUCCCUCUCUGCAGGGCCCCCGCCCAGGUGCUCAGCGUUGGCUCCACUAACCAUUCCAAGGGGAUUGCACGGACCGGCCCCGUGGGACCCUUGGACAGCGGGGAGUGCUACUGCUGUGACCUGGCGCCUCCUCUGCGCCCACCCUGUGGUGGGGACAUGGGGACUACACACAGAUACCCCCCCACAGGUACCCACACACCGCCCUUACCAAACAAUUCAUGAUACUCUGUAUCUAGCUGGAAUUCCUAUCCAAAACAUACCACUGCAUCCAGCACAGCAAGGCUCUUCAAAGCUAAAAGCCCGAGCCGUGCAGCUCACGCAGGGCCAAGUGCUGUGUCUGUUCAGCAGAGCAGAAUGAACCAGGACUGCCCCGGACAGUCAGGAUGGGCUGAGGGUUCUGCUCUUGCCAGCCCAGCUGCUCACACACACUUACACACAGUGAAACAUCAGUUCUGACCCCAUUGUCUUGCAUCAACAAAAGGUCUUACAACACAGCAGUGCAGCACACCGUCAUGGUACUAAUUCCAGCCCCCCCCCAUACACAGUCAUAUUUCAAAUUCCCAAAGAACCUACUUUUACAAGAGAGAGUUGUUUUAUCUUUGAUGCAUGCGACAGCUCUGACCAAAGAAGGUGGAAAUCAAUCUCACUAUUGCCCAACUUUUAACCUCACCUGACAUAAGAGAUCAGACAGUUCAUUGUAAUUCAAUCCCUACCAAAUUUCCGAUGGCUUAGAACAGCCCCAGAAAGUUGCAUGCACUCUAGUGAAGCCUAUUGUCAUAAGAUUUUGAAUCAGUCUAAAAUAAAGCUUAACAAUACUUUAGGAAUAAAAUUGUACAGUGUACUGGACAACAUAUAAUCUAACUAACAACAGAAAGACAGCUCAACUCCAGUUACCUAUUUGUUCGCUAUCUGUGAGGGUGUACAACU